GUAAAACCGCCAUCCAGUGGUUAAUCGAGGACGGGCUCGGUCCCCCGCGUGUUUUGGUGUCUGGACCUGGACGUGAGAGUUCAUCGACGGGAAAGUUCAUCGCUAGCGAAGUGUGAAAGGAAAAUCAAUCUUUUGGAAAUGUCGAAACGAGUGUGGUUUCUGUGGCUAGUGUAAAUUACUAUUGCUUUUCGAAAGUCUUCAGAUUGUCUGCCAAGGAUAAAACCUUACUAGGUGAUUUCGCUGCAGCCGGAGAGAAAGAGACCUAGAAGAAAGUGGAUGUUUUGAUGAACCUUUUGAAAAGGAUUUCGCCUUUUAGAUGAUCCAGGAUGCUGCCAUCGAUCGCACUGAUACUGGCCGCGUGCAUGCUGCGGCUAGCAGCGGCUCAAACGGUCCCCGUAUCGCUUCCAACCCCGGCUGAACCGGUUACGCAUGCCCGAACGGUUCCGAUGCUACUGCCAACGGUCCCGCCAGACCAGCAGUCGUUCACAUUAUUUCAACCGCUGCAGACCAUUUCUACUCAGGGGCCGGUGCAGCCUUCCCCUGCUCCCAGAAGGGGCGUCCAGUACGAACACUCGAUAUCGCUUGGACCCAACAGCAAUUAUUAUGUGUACUACUCGGAUUCGGUCUCGAACGGAGAGCAGCAGCAACCGAAAGCGACUGAACAGCAGCCGGAACCACCAAUCGCGUACCAGCCUCUUGUUGGAUAUUCCAACGAUCAGGCUAGUCAAAUAGUGUUCAGCACGAAUACCGUGCCGGUGCAGCUGGUCACUUUGGUACAACCAACACUGGAUGCUGCUGUUCAGCAGGAAAACACCAAUCAUAUUGCAUCAUCAGGGGCUGCGAGUGCCGAAAAGCAACCCCAAGUGGACCUAAACGAAGAAGGCAUUCAAAGGUUGGUAUCCUCCACUCAGAACUUGGUCAGCAGUGAAGAUGUUAUGAGUAUCAACAACGCGCAAGAAGAACGAAAAGAAACUACGGCGGAUGAGAAGCCAGCAUCUUCAGUGGAGAAUUCUUCGGAAACCGUACCGGAUAACGAACCGAGCGAAAGUCGUAAAAGCGUUCAAAAAUUGAAUGACAACAUAGCGGUUUCGUCCUUCGAUAAGCCAAUAAUUGUUGGUGAAAUGCCCGAAGGGACAAGCCGUACUCAUCGGUCCGGAGAGAAUCCGGUUAAACAAAUUAACGUGGAAAUUAUCCGCGAGUCGGAUGAUCACAAUAGGGGACAGUACUUAAAGGAAACCAUUUUUUCGGCUGGUGGUCAAUCAACUACGGAACCUUGCGAGGAUGAUUUGAAGUCGGUUCCGGUAUCGAUUCGACACGAGGUUACCACGAUUCGACCGAUCAGUUUGUCAACUAAAGGACGGGCUUCGACCGCUUCUAGGCUUAGUACUCGCUUCCGUACCACACCAGGCCCACAACCUUCAUCUACCGCACGCUACACGCCUAAACAAACCGUAACUCCUGCACCUGUUUCUAACAAAUACCUAACUCCGGUUCAACCUGGAUUACGAUUGGUCAAUUUGGAGCACAAAAACAAUGACGAUUGCUUCGAUGGGAUUCUACAGCCUCCCAAAUUUGAGUCCGACAAGCAGACAGUUGUUGAGAUUCAGAAAAGUGUAAACAUCAAAAACAUCCUGAUUGACGAGGAAAAACCACAACAGCUCAAGUCCAGAGAGUUUGGUGCCCGCACCAAGGUGAUCUCGCAACCAAUCUUCAUCGAAAAACCUGUCGAAAAAGUUGUGACACAAAAUGUUUACAUCGAGAAGCCGGUCGAUCGAAUCGUACAGCAGCCGGUUAUCAUAGAAAAAGCAGUCCCACAACCCGUUGAUCGAAUCGUCGAGAAACAGGUACCCGUGCCCUAUCCAGUGGAGAAGGUUGUCGAAAAACCAGUUCAAACCGUCGUCCCCGUUCCGUAUGCCGUUGAAAAACAGGUUCCAGUUCAUCACUACAUCGAUCGACCCGUCACACAGCAUGUCACUGUUCCGGUUCCAGUUGAUAGAAUUAUAGAAAAACCAGUUCCGGUGGAGAAAAUUGUCACUCAGCAAGUUCCGGUUCCCUAUCCGGUGACGCAAAUCGUUGAGAAAAUCGUGGAUCGUCCGGUUCCGGUGGAGAAAAUAGUCACUAAGGAAGUCCAGAUCCCGUACCCUGUAACAAAGAUCGUUGAUCGUCCUUACCCGGUUGAAGUGCCAGUUGAAAAGGUUAUCGAGAAGAUUGUCGAUCGACCGGUGGAGACAAUUGUAGAAAAACACGUUGAAGUUCCCGUUCCGGUCACGGUAGAAAAAGUAGUGGAAAAGUUUAUCGAUCGUCCCGUUCCCUAUCCUGUGCAAGUCCCUGUUGAAGUCCCCGUCCAGGUUCCAGUUCACUAUCCGGUGGAAGUCCCCGUCGGUGUUCCCAUACCAUACCCAGUGGAAAAAUAUAUUCCCGUAACCAUUCACGAACCCAAACCCACGCACGCCAUCAUCAAAACCACAACACACGAAAAGCUUUUCGAUUUGCACAAAUUUUUCGGCGGAAAAAAGAAACACUUCACCGAGCAUGUGUUCAUUAAAGGUCCCUCACAUCCGAAACCCCAGAUACUGGAAGUCCCUUCCAAACAUCUCUUCUACCACAGUCAAUAUCCGAAGAAUGACCUGCACUUCGGGGCUUCGAUUCAAGCUCCCGCGUACGUAGAUUUUGCCCAGUACAACAUUCUUCCCAAUCACUACCCGGAGAAGCCGAAACCUCUGUACGGUAUUCCCUACCCAGGUGACCCCAUCAAUGGUAAUUCCUACCAUCAGCAUUACAGUGGCCAGUACCAUCAACCGUUCAAUCAAUUUGUAGGCAAACUAACCUACCCGGUUCCGUACCACCACCAUCACCACCAGCAGCAGCAGCAAACCCUUCAACCGGUGGCCCAAGCCCUUGGACCGCAAAUUUACCGGGACGAUUACGUGGGUCCGACGCCCCUGCUGGAGGAUCACUGGGCGGUCAAGAGUGACGUCAAGUUCCGCCGGAAUGCAGCGUACGGGAAGAGCCUACGGAUCGAAUACGGUGGCUUCAAGCCACCGCUAGUGCCAUCGGUCGAGAUCGACGAGAACGGAGUGCCGCUGAAUAAGGAGCAGAACGCCAACUAGUUAGGCGAACACACCCGGCGGCCUGCGGAGACUGAUGUUUGUUGAUUUUGUUCGACACCAUGUUGCAGCAGAGGGUACCUUCUGUUGGUAUUAGUUGAUUGUUAUAACGAAAAGAUGGUAUAGUGAAUAGCGAAAAAAACGAGCAAUGGUUAAUGCUAAGAACGAUCUUAGAUUUAUUCGCAUUGUAGACACGAUUCCACUGCCACUAAGUUAGACGGUUUGU